UGCAUAUUCUAUAGUUUACGAGCCACACUCCACCAACUCUUUCUCACCUAGCCGGAGAAAAAUGGAGGUUUCCGGCAAAACAACCGGUGAGAACCAAAGCUCCGGCAACUCUCAAUCAUCCUUCUCUUUCGCCGCCAAAACGCCAAUUCUGGGACUAAAGCUCUACGUUGUGAUUGGAGUAACGAUUAUAAUCGUGAUCGCAAUUUUUGUUCUGAUUUUUCUAUAUAUUCGUUUGAGGAGAAGCUCGAAACGGCGUCUCAUUGGCGUAAAGCACAGUUCAAGUUUGUUACCUUUGGUUUUCAAAGAGAUCACAGAAAUGAGAGAGUCGGACCAACGGGAAAAUUCUGAAGUUGUUGGUUUUGGGAAGGACGAGAAAGAGAACAAAGCAAUGCUGAUUAAAGAUGUAGAAAAGGGCAUUGAUGAUAAAAGAGGUAGUUCUGAGUCAAGUACAAGCCGGAGCGAGUCAUCGUCGGUAUCGAUGGAAGGUCUGAAUGUUGGGUGGGGCCGAUGGUACAGCUUGACGGAGCUGGAAAUGGCGACCAAUGCAUUUUCAGAUGAGAAUGUGAUUGGUGAAGGAGGUUAUGGUGUUGUGUACAAAGGAGUUUUGCAGGAUGGGUCUGUGAUUGCUGUGAAGAGUCUCUUGAACAACAAAGGUCAAGCAGAGAAGGAGUUCAAGGUAGAAGUUGAAGCCAUUGGAAAAGUAAGGCAUAAGAACCUGGUGGGUUUGAUUGGUUAUUGUGCAGAAGGUGCUCGAAGGUUGCUUGUGUAUGAGUACAUGGAUAAUGGUAAUUUGGAGCAAUGGUUACAUGGAGAUGUUGGCCCUGUUAGCCCUUUAACCUGGGAAAUUCGAAUGAGGAUCGCCGUUGGAACAGCGAAAGGACUGGCCUAUUUGCAUGAAGGAUUAGAACCCAAAGUUGUGCACCGCGAUGUCAAAUCCAGCAACAUUCUUCUGGAUAGGAAAUGGAGCCCAAAAGUAUCAGAUUUUGGACUUGCCAAGUUAUUAGGGUCUGAGAAAAGCUAUGUGACUACGCGAGUGAUGGGGACAUUUGGGUACGUCUCACCCGACUAUGCAAGUACGGGUAUGCUUAAUGAGGGAAGUGAUGUAUAUAGUUUUGGAGUUCUUCUUAUGGAAAUAAUUACAGGAAGGAGCCCAGUUGAUUAUUCCAGGGCACCUGGAGAGAUGAACUUGGUUGAUUGGUUUAAAGGAAUGGUAGCAAGUCGUCGCGGGGAAGACUUGAUAGACCCUCUGAUUGCAGUACAUCCUUCGCCAAGAUCUUUGAAGCGCUCAUUGCUGGUUUGCCUGCGCUGUAUAGAUUUGGAUGCCAAUAAACGUCCAAAAAUGGGGCAAAUCGUACAUAUGCUUGAGGCAGAUGAAUUUCCUUACCGUUCUGAACCUCGGGCGCCCCGUGAAACAGCUCCUCUACAUCCACACGCAGCAGCUACCAAUAAAGUUCAAUUAGCAUCUAAGGACGUGGUUGGCGACAAUGACGAACAAAAAUCAAAAUGGAGAUGAUAUCCACUCGACACACAGCGCAUCAUAAACAUACUAGUUUUGUAAUGGGUAUAUUUUACUUGACUUACAAAGAAGCUUGCAUUCUUCACUUAUUCAAUAGAUCUUGUAUCUUCAUAUACUUCUGCCCCCUUCCCCCUUAUAUUGUCCUCAGUUGAUAUGUGUUGUAUAGACUUCCUUUGAAUGAGUCUUUGUAAAUAUGUGCUUAGUUACAUUAUACAUUCUCCUUUUAAGGAUAUUAAAU